AUGCAUGAAAGAAGAGGACGGAAUAAAAAGGAUGAGGAUAAGUUAAGAAAGAGAAAGAUGGAAAGGAGAUCAGAUGGUGAUGAGCAAAGGAAAAGGCUAGAAGAUAGGGAAGAGGAGGAUUAUAGAAGUAAAAGGCGUGAAAGAAGGGAAGAGAGUGAACAAGGAGUAAGGAAGAGAGAAAGUAGGGAAGAUGAUGGUAAGCAAAGAAGGAACUGGGAAAAGAAAGAUGAAGACAAGUAUUUUAGCCGAAAGCAAAGGAGAGGUGAGGAAGAGCUGGAAAGCAGUAAGUUUGAAAGGCGGGAAGAAGAGGGCAGUGGAGGUAAAUAUAGGGACAGAACAGAGCAAGAGCAAAAAAGUACAACUGACAGAAAGGAGCCAGAGAGGCAUGAACAUAAAGUUAAGGAGAGGCUUGAGGAAGAAGAUAGUAAAAGGAGAAGGCAUGACAAAAAAGAAAAUUCACCCAGGAGGCAUGAGAAAGGAAGGAAAAUAUUGAUCAAGAAAGGAGGAAGGCGGGAACGGAGCUAG